AUGAAAACUUUUGAUAAUGACAGUUCAACUUCAGCCAAUCAGAAAUCAAGUAGAGAGCUACCUAGCUAUACUGGCAACUCAGAAAGGGAGCGGUAUCGAUCCGUCCCGGUGUGUGACACCUACGUUGACAAUGAACAUGAACAAGAACAUGGUUCUGAGUGCGACUUUGACAACGAUCAGGAUGACGCGGUUGGAUCUGAGUCGCUGAACUCCCUGGAAGAAGAAACUAUUCUCACAAGAACGAGGUCAGAGAAGCAAGAGCCACAUUUUUCUUCACCACCAUAUUCUAGAUUUGGGAGAAGGGCAAAACUGGCGCUAGUCAUCCAAUGUGCCUUUACCGGGUUUUUCUCUACUAUAGCAGGUGCAAUUUAUUAUCCUGUGCUUACUGUCAUUGAACAAGAGUUCAAUAUCAGUGAAGAAGCGGUUAAUGUAACCGUGGUUGUUUAUUUUAUAUUUCAAGGUGUUUCACCUACGAUUAUGGGUGGGUUUGCGGAUUCCUUAGGAAGACGACCAGUUGUUUUGUUUUCUGUUAUGGUUUACUUUGUAGCCUGUGUUGGUUUAGCAUGUUCGAAAACGUAUGGUCAAAUCGUUGGGUUGAGAUGUCUUCAAGCUGCAGGUAUCGCACCAGUAAUUGCCAUUAAUAGUGGGAUUAUGGGUGACGUGACCACUAGGAUGGAGAGGGGUGGCUAUGUGGGCUAUGUGUCUGGAUUUCAGGUUGUUGGAAGUGCAUUUGGUGCACUAAUUGGUGCAGGUUUAUCAUCGCGAUGGAGUUGGAGAGCCAUUUUUUGGUUUCUGGCUAUUGGAUCUGGCAUUUGUCUGAUAGUAUCAUUUAUAAUACUACCGGAAACAAAAAGAACUGUAACGGGCAAUGGGUCCAUUCCUCCUAAACAGAUUGUCAACAAAGCUCCAAUAUUAGGUUUACCGAUGGUUAGAAAAUCUCUUCAUUUAGAUAAUCCGGAUUAUGAUACUUUAUUACCACCAACAAAAAUCAAUAUUUUGGCAUCGCUAUCGGUAUUUAUGAUACCUGAAAUCUCAGCGGUUUUACUAUGUGCUGGCUUGCAAUUCGCAAUGUGGACAACUCAUCAAACGGCCUUAUCGAUCGUGCUAAGUAAGAAUUACCAUUUGUCCGUUGCAAAGAUUGGAUUAUGCUUUCUACCUGCAGGUAUAUGCACUUUGAUUAGUGUUGUCACAUCUGGAAGGUAUUUGAACUGGAGUUACGAGAGAAAUAUAGUGAAACAUCGUGAAUGGAUCAAAACGGAAGAAGCCAAAUUCAUGACGGAGCAUAAAAUUGACAUUCAAGAAGCGAGGAAAUUGAUGGAAGGCGACUUCCGUUACACUUUCAACAUCUUCAAGGCACGACUGCAGCCAGCAUUAGUAACAAUACUCAUCAGCUGUUGUGGAUUCAUUUCGUUUGGCUGGUGCAUAUAUGCGCAUGCCCCCAUAGCCGCCUUACUGUGUUUAAGCGGAUUUUCGUCUUUAUUUUCGAACUGCAUUCUAACCAUGUCAGUUACCCUAAUUGUGGACCUUUUCCCAUCAAAGUCCUCCACAGCGACGGGAUGCCUAAAUCUCUUUAGAUGCAUUCUAUCAGCAGUGUUUGUUGUCGCUUUAAGCAGAAUGGCCGCCUCCAUGACCUACGGAGGUGUAUUCACAUUGAUGGGUGGCCUAACGGGUGCCUCAUCGUUUGUUUUACUGACCAUUAUAACACAUGGAAAAAAACUGACGUACAAGAGAAGACAACAAGAAAACUUGAUUAUUGAGAAAAACGCUGAGAGGGCUGCCGCAGCGACAAACUAG